AUGAAGUCUAUUGACUUGGAGGAGUCCUGCUCUCCCCUCCGGAAGGAGCUAGAGGAUGCUCAAGAUGAGUUGAAAGUGGCUAAGGAUGGCCUUGAACUUGUUCAAAUGGAAAAAGCUAGCUUAGAGAAGAGGGUUGUGGAAUUGGGUGAUGCUUCUGCUCAGACCCAAGAGGAGAACAAGAAUCUCAUCAAAGAGCUUGAGAUGCUUGAGGGUUUAUCCGAGUCUGUGUUUCAGAGGCAGUUCAAAAGGUUGUCUUAUUAUCAGAAAGCUAUUGGGGAGCACAAGAUAGCAUUGCACUACCAUCCAUCUUUUGAGGGUGUGAAGCUAGAGAAAAUGCCUGGUUCCAAUCCCAAUGCAGUUGUCAAGGCCGAGGAAGCUAAAGGGGCUCUUCACCACCUGACUCUGGAUUAUCAUAAAGUCUUGGCUGACAACGCUCAGAAUCCUACUCCCAUACUUAUGGGUAUUCAUGCUAAGCGUCUAAUACCCAAUCCGAAGGCCAGUACUUCCCAUACUAUGGCAGCGCAAGAGACUUCUGGUACUAGAGAUGGUGAAGGGGUGGUGAACCAGGCAAAAACAUCUUGA